UAAUCCAGAUUCCAGUCGAAGCCGAUUGUGGACCGGGAUUACUUACUUUCAUGCCUGCCGAUAUGCGUGAGAUUGCGCAGGCAUAAUAUGACUCCAUCCAUACAGGGCCGCAUAGCGUAGGUAUUGCGGAUGUUUACAUCCGGCACUAGCGUUCCAUGAUCGAUUCGUCCCACAACUCGAAGGCAACAUUAUACUGCAGCGUUUUUGUGCGCUGUUUUUGCGAACUGAACGGUUGUCGCAAACUGGAAAAAAUGUUGCGCGCUUUAUACGAUCUGCAGUUACAGCAUAUGCUCCGGCCUGGCCGAGUGGUCGUGGGGGAAUUUGCGCCAGGUGAAAUGUACUUAGCCGCUGCGAAUAUGGCUAACAAGGUUGUGAUAAGCAGGUUGCCGUCGGCAUCGGCGUACGCCUCGAGAAUUGUGCCGGCAAGAGAGCAUCUGCAGAUCCUGAAUAUAAAUCAGACCAUUACUUCUCUGGCAGUGGGAAGGUUUACCACCGAUGCCGUGGUCGAUUAUUUAUUUAUAGGAACAUCAACGGAAAUGGUCGUCUAUGACGUUCCCCAAAAUCGAGAAGUUUUUCGCAAAUCUACAACCGGUGGAGCGACCAGUAUUACCGUUGGUCGAACGGGGCGAAUUAAGAAAACACUAGCCAUUGUGGGCGGUCAGAAUGCACUUCAAGGAUUCGAUGAGGAUGGCAACGAGCCGUUAUGGACAUUGACGGGCGAUAAUGUGGCCGUGCUGAUCCUCUUUGAUAUCAACAAAGAUGGGCAAAUCGAAAUUAUUGCCGGUUGUGAUGACCAUCAGAUAAGGAUUUUCCGUGAAACCGAGCAAAUCUUCUCCAUGAUGGAAACCGACACGAUCACUUCCCUUGCACCACUCAAGGAUCAGUGUUUCGUGUACGGUCUGGCCAAUGGAACGGUCGGCGUUUACGAGCAGUAUGAACGGAAAUGGCGCAUAAAAUCUAAAAGCAAACCGUUGUCCUUAUUGGGUUUCGAUAUGAAUGGCGAUGGUGAACCUGAAAUUUUUUGCGGCUGGUCCAACGGGAAGUUUGAGGUGCGGGAUCGCUUAAAUGGAAGCCUGCUUUUUAAGUACCAAAUGGAUGACCCAGUUGCUCAAAUUAUGGAAGUUGGUGAUUUAAAGCAUCGAGGAGAAAGCUACAUUUUGGUUACUUCCACGGAAGGAAAUGUCAAAGCCUUUGCCAUAGAAGAUGGCAGCACUAAAGAAUACACGGUAACAUUCCUGCAGGAUGCGCCGCAGUCCGAAAGCCAGGACCCAGUGAUCAGUGGGGAAAAUCGAGAGAGCAGCGAAAAGAAGCCGGAAAACGUUGUUGAGAAUUCUGUAGCGACAAAAGAGCGGAGUUUGUUUGUGGAUGCCGGCUACCAGUGGUCAACCAUGCCGGAUGAUGCCGAAGUGGUCAUCGAAGUCGAGCCGGUGCUCGGCUCCACUGACGUUUCCGGUGACAGUGAUAGGAAGCCCCACAAAAACGAAGUUUUUUCCUCUCAAAUGCAAAAUUUCAUGAGAAGAGAUGAGUUGUUAGAAGCUGGAGGUGCCUUCCCGAAUUUAUUUGAAAACCCGUGUCUGAAAUUCACUGUGCGGACCAAUAUCGCGGAUUAUAAAAUUGCUGGUGUGGUGAUCUUUGCCGAAGGAGUCUUUUCCGGAGAAAGCUAUUAUCACCGACUACCAGAAAAAUACAUGUCCAGCAGAGCUGAAUUUCCCAUCGUCAUCCCCAAAAAUACUCCGAUCGAUAUGUUUGUAACGGUUAUGGCCGGUCAAGAAAAUCGGCGGUAUUACUUCUGCCAUGGAGAACUCAUCCGAAUUAAACGGUUUGCUAUGUAUUACAACAUCCUGGAUGACGCGCUUGAGAGUCCCGAAGGUUAUGUGACCUUUCAAGUGCACGAAAGAAUUAACAGGUUUCUUUUGUGGGCUUCUGAAAAUUUUUUCCUACGAAGUGAUGUGAAGGCCGCUGGGGAUCCUAGUGGUGUUGUGCUCAAAUUUCGGUGCCUUCGUGACGGUGCGCCGUUGCAAGUUAACAUGGGAGGUGAUGGCGAGGUAACAAUUAUGACAAACUGCAUUGACACAGCCGGCGACAUUGUUGAAAGUAUUGCCGAAGGGAUGACAAUCAAACUCUUGUCUUCUCGAGCACACUUUCCCAAAGCAUUCAACAGCUUGAAAGACGUAUUCGUACAGAUUGAUGAGUAUCAAAAAAAUCGCCAACGUCAAGCGGCGGAUAUUGCUGACCGUGGUUCGGCUAUUCGCAGUUUGUUGAUGAAAGCCGAAGAGACGAAAGUGCUCGAAUUAUGGCCAGAGGUCAGAAAGUAUUAUUUGGAGCUGCGCAAUCAAAAUAAGAAUGUGUUGAGUGAUUUUCGUAUACAAAUCGAUGCACAGGCCAAAUUUACCAGCGGCUUAAAGCUCAUCAGUCAAACCAUUGAUAAAGCCGCCAGAUUGCGAGUUGGGGCCGCAAAAACCGAUCUCUUCACGCGUUGUCGCAGUGCUGUUCAAAACCGUGACGUACAGCUGCUGGUUAAACUUAUGGAGUUUGGAGCCAGUUGAUUUCGCCAACAUACCUGCAUAAAUGGAAAUGGUUCUAUGAUUGCGAGCUAUUUUUUAAACUACUGGUUUGUUUGUAAUCUCUUGUCAUUUUCACCGGCGCCGGUGUUUCACGUUGCGGUCGGGAUGAAUCGUAUUUUUGCAAACAGUUUUGAAAAUUUGGCCAGUAUCGUAUCCAGAUCUGCAAAUGUGUGAUGAAUUAUUUUGUUGUUUUAAGUGAGUCAAAAGCGAUUUGCUUACUAACAGAUGAUAAAUCUCUCAGUGCAUUAACUAACCUGAAAUCUUU